AUGUUUUUCAGAAAUGUUUGGUGUGCGGCAGAGCUGACAAAUACUUACAGGUCAGGUGUAAUUCUACGAUUUAGAAGUGCGGCUCAAAAUGUGAGAAUUCAACACCGUAAACCUCUUCACAACUCCAGGCGCAACGGUCGAAACAAUAAUGAUCCAAACCCCCUGGAACAUCUUAAGAUUGAUUCAAGACCAUUAAAACCCAGUGCAUUGAUAAGACCAUUCUUUUUUACUGUUGGGGUUUCCUCAUUGAGUCUUGGAGCAUGUAUGAUUUGGGAAUAUGAAUCUAUCCGGUUACAUGCAACAUCUUUCCUCAGAAAAUCUGGAGCAUGGUUAAGUGUACAGCAAAAAAAGAGAUCUGAACCUGGCACUAUUCGAAAAUGGUGGAACUCACUAAGAGAUAGUGAAAAAGUAUUCUAUCCAAUACUUGCAGCUAAUGUUUUAGUUUUUGGAGCAUGGCGUGUGAGACAACUUCAACCAUUUAUGAUUAAAUACUUUUGUUCUAAUCCCUCAAGCAGUGCAAAAUGUCUUCCAAUGCUACUGUCAACAUUCAGUCACUACUCAGCAAUGCAUUUAGCUGCCAAUAUGUAUGUCCUUUAUAGCUUCAUGCCAGCUGCUGUAGCAUCCCUAGGCAAGGAGCAGUUUACGGCCAUGUAUCUUAGUGCAGGCGUCAUUAGCAGUUUCACAAGCUUCCUUUAUAAGGUGUUACUUAACCAGCCUGGCCUUAGUCUCGGAGCGUCGGGCGCAAUAAUGUCAGUUUUAGCAUAUGUAUGUGUGCAAUAUCCUGACACCAGGCUGAGUAUCAUCUUCUUGCCAAUGUAUACAUUUGCCGCUGGCACGGCCAUAAAAGUUAUAAUGAGUGUGGACCUGGCUGGUGUAGUCUUUGGUUGGAAAUUCUUUGAUCAUGCUGCUCAUCUUGGUGGUGCUUUGUUUGGAAUGUACUGGUGUCGCUGGGGUAGUGACAAUUUAUGGGGUAACAGAGACAAAUUCCUGCAGUAUUACCAUUCAAUUAGGAAAAGUGAUUCAAACAGAUAG